CGGAGGGGUUCCUGAAAUUAAGGGGGCUGCAAGUGUCCAACACAUACAAUCAAUGACAGCGCUGCCUGCGAAAGAGAACUCAAGGGUGACUGGAGCACAAGACAUAAUGUCCCAACCGUUUUGGAAGUAACAAACACAACAGCCUGUAGCGUGCAAACCUCGUCGUCCUUAUUAAAAUAUCCUCCCGCGAUUUAAAGCUGUUUUGGGGCUAAUUCCAGACAUUUGAGGUGUUCUGAGCACUCGUAUCAUGGAGUACACAUCUUCCCCAAAACCUCAGCUCUCUUCCAGGGCGAACGCUUUCUCAAUAGCCGCUCUCAUGUCAAGUGGAAAAUCGAAGGACAAGGAAUCGGAGGAAAACACCAUCAAGCCGCUGGAACAAUUCGUAGAAAAGUCGUCAUGCAAUCAAAACCUCGGCGACCUGCCUUCUCUGGAAACCCACGGCGAGUUCAGCAGCAGCAGCAGCAGCAGCAGCGCGCCUCCGUUAUGCACCGAGCCGCUCAUUCCUACGACCCCCGGUGUGCCCAGCGAGGAGAUGGCCAAGAUCUCCUGCAGCCUCGAGACGAAAGAACUGUGGGACAAAUUUCACGAACUCGGCACUGAAAUGAUUAUCACAAAAUCUGGAAGACGAAUGUUUCCAACUAUUCGCGUAUCAUUUUCCGGAGUGGAUCCGGACGCCAAAUAUAUUGUGCUGAUGGACAUUGUUCCAGUGGACAAUAAAAGAUAUCGAUACGCCUACCACAGAUCAUCGUGGCUUGUUGCAGGAAAGGCAGAUCCACCUUUACCUGCAAGGUUGUACGUGCAUCCAGAUUCGCCUUUUACGGGAGAGCAGCUAUUAAAACAAAUGGUUUCUUUCGAGAAAGUAAAGCUUACAAACAACGAACUGGACCAGCACGGACACAUCAUCCUGAACUCCAUGCACAAGUACCAGCCUCGAGUUCAUAUCAUCAAGAAGAAAGAUCACACAGCCUCACUUCUUAAUCUGAAGUCUGAGGAGUUUCGUACAUUUGUCUUCACUGAGACAGUUUUUACUGCAGUCACAGCUUACCAAAAUCAGCUGAUAACUAAACUGAAGAUUGACAGCAACCCUUUUGCAAAAGGCUUCAGGGAUUCCUCGAGACUUACUGACAUUGAGAGUAGGGAAAGUGUUGAGAGCUUGAUCCACAAGCACUCUUACGCCCGGUCACCCAUUCGGACUUACGCUGGUGAAGAGGAGACUUUGGGUGAAGAUGGUCACUUGGCACACAGUAGAGGUUCUGCUUUCACUGCAUCAGACAACCUCUCCCUUAGUUCUUGGGUCACCACCACGUCUGGUUUUUCUGGCUUUCAGCACCCUCAGUCCCUGUCUGCCAUCGGAACCAGCACGGCCUCAUUGGCCAGUCCUCUUCCUCACACCAUCCAGGGCUCUUUACCCCCUUACAGUCGACUGGGCAUGCCUCUCACCCCCUCUGCCCUGGCCGGCUCCAUGCAGGGCAGUGGGCCUACCUUCCCCUCCUUCCACAUGCCACGCUACCACCACUAUUUCCAGCAAGGGCCGUACGCUGCCAUCCAGGGACUGCGCCAUUCUUCCACAGUCAUGACCCCGUUCGUAUGAUUCCUACCACUUUAGAAUAGCUCAGCCUGAUAAGAUUUUCCUAGUGCUGGCAUGUGAAGACCUAAAGCACCUAUACACACGCAAACACGUGCUUAUAUGAAGCCCUGUUCGCCACAUGUAAAUAAAAACUGUCACGACAUUACCUAAUGACCCGGACACUCUGCUUGGUGCAGCUGUACUGGAGAAAAAAAGAAAAAAAGAGUGAACAGAAAAAAAGGCCCAAUGGACAGGGAUUUGUGUAAACCAAAACCUCAAGCAUGAGUUUUUAGCAUAGAUAAGACUCGGAGAUGGAAAGAUCUGUCUUCAUCUGUAGACAUGUUUAUGCUACCUUUAAUGAUUCAUCUCACGCCUUUAUCGCUCGUCUUUACGUUCAAAAAAAGGAAAACCUGGCCAGAGCCAAAUGAGGGAGAACCUUGCCAACUGUAAUGUGCUGAACAUAACAAGGGCGAACACUGGACAACUGCUGUUUCUCAUUCCCAGUGAUCCAUCACCUCUUUAAUGAUAAGAUAUCUGCAGAGCAGCCCAACCACUCGGUCUUCUCCUCCAAAUUGUCGACACUAGAGGGCGCUGUGUUGUCAGAACAUUGCGUCACUGGACGAAACCUUUAUCCAUGGACUCAACAGGAUGUAAACAAAUUUGGUCAGGCCAUCGAAGGUUUGAUCUUUAUAGUCAGAUAAGUACAAUUCUACUUUAAAUGUUGCAUCAAGAAAUUGUAUCUAUCUUGUUUAGUUUGAUAGCACAAACAACAAUUUUCACAAAAGAUUACCACAACAAAAACUAUACAUUAUAGUAAAUGAUUUCAAACAUUUGACAAUGUGGAGAGGGCAAACUACAAUGUACACUGUAAACCAUAACAAGUUAGCAGAACUAAAACAAAUUGAAGCAAUCAUUUACAUCAAAUUUUGUAUGUUAAUAUAACUUUCAGAUUUUGAUUUUGUACUACACAUGCAUAUUAAUUGCUCUUAACUUGAAAUAUUGAGUAAGCUAACUCAUACAUUUUAAUGGUACUUUAAUAUAACUCUUUGGCUAAACUUAAAAUGACCAUGUAACCUCAACUUAAAUAAUUCAAGUAGAGAGAACCUAAUUACCUACUAGCUAGAACUGGCUAGUACAGUGAAUGCUAGCAUGCUGAAUGCAUACUAAUUGGAAAACACCAUAAUUUGAUUAGCAUAGCAAUUCCUCAGUGAGUAACACAUUAUACUGUAGAACAAUUUUAAGUUGUACUUGUCCUCAACCUAAGCUCAGCUCCACUAUUCAACAUAAUGGUAACCCCCAAAACUUAAACAUAACAGAAAUCCUUCUAAAUAACACAAUAAAACAUUAAACAUUAACAAGUCUCCCCCUUUACAUUCAUCUUGCACAAAGACACAUUAUAUAACACUUAAUUUUAACAUUUAUUCUCAGUGUUGAGUGUCAUGCAAAGCAUGCUGGAAAAUAGAAAUCGCCUGUCCAGUUUCAGUUAAAUUGAAGUUCCUGUAAAUUUAAAGAGACAAGUUCAUUAAACUCAAAACAAUAAAAUAAUUCAGGUUAAAAGGUGUAAGUUUUGUGAACUCAAAAGAAAGAGGAAUUUUUAAAAACUCAUCAAGAUUAAUUUCUUUGAACUCAUUUAUAUUAUAAUUUGUAUUAUUUUGAGCAUUAGGGUUUACAGUGUACAUGAUGGCAUAUGUCAUUUCUAUUCCACAAGAAAGAUAAACAGAUAGUGCGAGGCCAUUUGUACUACCAUGUCACUACCAAGAAUUUCUGUUAAUGCUUAUUCACGGUUCAUUCUAUAUGUAUAUGGAUAAAGGUUGACACAUGUUGCUUAUGUAUCGAAUUUGAAAGAGCGAAUACUCAUCUCUUUCCAGCACCAGAAAACUGAUCUAUAGCCGCUCAAGGCUGCUUGUCAGCAUCCAACCGGGAGGAAGUCCACACCUGUAAAUAAUGGGCUUACUUUUAACUAAUAGGCUUGCAUUUUCUCCAGGGGAAUUAGGAAAAUUAGGUGAUUUGUGGCUGAAGUGAUCCCAUUUGUACAGUCACAUCAACGACAAUUCAUCAAAAUCCUGUAACCAAAUCACAGAGAAACAGUGCCAGCCAUAAUAACCAGAUUUAGGAACUGGACUGUGAGUGUGUGUGUGUGUGUGUGUGUGUGUGUGUGUGUGUGUGUGUGUGUGUGUGUGUGUGUGUGUGUGUGUGUGUGUGUGUGUGUGUGUGUGCGUGCGUGCGUGUGUGGAAGUCAUUUGUAUAAGUGAAGAGACAAUAAUAUCAGUGAAUUUUCGUACUAAAACCCAUGAGAAAUGUCAACUGGUGCACACUGGUGUAAUAAUCAUGCGGGCACUCUCCAGUUAUUUUUCAAAAUUGUUCUUAUUUAACAAGUGCUUUUCAAGGUUCAGGUCUGUGUAUUCAGAUUCAAUGUGCAUUUGAAAUGUGAUAAUGAGCCACUCAUAUAAAGCAGAUAAAGAAUUUGCAUUCUUCAAUCUACGGUCUGUGAAGUCCCUGUCAAAUUUAAAUUCAAAAAAUGGAAUCCAUGAAACACAAUUUGUGCCCACCGUUUCAAGCCAUUGAUUUAUGAACAGACUGUACAGGUAUGAAGUUGCAAUAUAUUAGCAAAUGUUUUCUAUUUCUUUUUUCUUCAUUUGUGUGUAUUUCUAAUUCAAAUGUAACCUCCUCAUCAGGAGACAUCUAACAAUAUUUUUUGAAUUUUUUUUUUUUUAAGUGCAAUAUAUUUAUUUCAGCUCUACGAAAAAAGAUAUGGCUAAUGUAAUAUUUGAAGCAAAGAUAGAUGUUAUUUGUAAACAAGGAGAAAUAUAUAUCACCCCCAAAAUGAGAGUGUAAGAGUGUCAGUUAGCAUUGUUGUUAUCUUUAACCAACUUUCUUUGCAGCUUACCAGUCCUUGUAUUAAAGAAAAAUAACCAACUAAAAAGCAUGUUUAAAUUCUUUUGAAUUAGGUUAUGUUUAGUUACAGUGUAAAAUGUGCAAUAUAUUAAAAUAUAGAAGCUACAUUUGGAAAACAGAGAGGAAAAUGUAACAUGUUUGACUUGUACAGAUAAUAUAGCCAUCAAAUUUAUUUGGAUAGAAUCCCAUUUAAAUUUAUAUUUAAUUUAGACUUAUUUCGAGUUUUUUUAAAUAUAUGAUUGAAAUGUGAGGAACAUUAAUUUAAGCAUCAGUCUAUGUAAAAAGAAAGCUGAGAGUAAAUCUAAAUUUACUUUACAGUUUUAUUCACUUUACAAAUGUAUUAAAUCUAAACUGACAUUGCUAGAAGCAAAGAAAUUAUAUGUUUUACAUCUUGUGUUAAUUGUUAAUCUAUGAACUUAUAUAUACAUUCACUGAGCACUUUAUUAGGAACACUAUGACAUGGUCUUCUGCUGUUGUAGCCCAUCCACCUCAAGGUUCGACGUGUUGUGCAUUCUGAGAUGCUAUUCUGCUCACUACAAUUGUACAGAGUGGUUAUCUGAGUUACCAUAGCUUUUCUGCCAGCUCGAACCAGUCUGGCCAUUCUCUGUUGACCUCUCUCAUCAACAAUGCUGGAUGUUUUUGUUUUUGGCACCAUUCUGAGUAAACUCUAGAGACUGUUGUGCGUUAAAAUCCCAGGAGAUCAGCAGUUACAGAAAUACUCAAACCAGACCGUCUGGCACCAACAAUCAUGCCAAGGUCAAAAUCACUGAGAUCACAUUUUUUCCCCCAUUCUGAUGGUUGAUGUGAACAUUAACUGAAGCUCCUGGCCCGUAUCUGCAUGAUUUUAUGCAUUGCACUGCUUUGCAUUGGCUGAUUAGAUAAUCACAUGAAUAAGUAGGUGUACAGGUGUACCUAAUAAAGUGCUCAGUGACUGUUUAUUUAGUAUAUAUAUUUAUAUAAAUAUACUUGCAGUAUGACAGUAAA